AUGUACUUACGAAACAAUUCUGGUCAUGUCACAGGUCUGGAACGAGUAGCAGAAGAGUUGAUGGGCCGUAGGAGAUGGAAGCAGUAUCAGGAUACCCUGUACAGCAGCACUCGCAGCGAAUCAGCUACGCAGCCACAUCAUCGGCUUUAUUCGACGUUUUCAACGGUCGGAAACUCAAGUACCGGGAGUUUGAACCAGGUGAGCCACCGAACGUCACUAGGCCCAAGCCCAACGGCAACAACAACUCCGGAAUCAAUAGUUACGAAACAACUUGCCGAUCACAAAAGCGACGAAAGUCAGCAUUGUUUCAAACCCGAAGACAUAAAGCUCAAGGUCGAAACGGCAGUAGACAAAAACGGUAUUUUCUCAGAGUCUUUGCAACAUGGAGAAGUUUUUGUCAACUUAAAACAGAAUUCAAAUCAACGAUUAGACGACGAAAAGAUCGAGAAGAAAAACAACGAGAACGAUUUGGAGAGUGUGGACAUAAAAGUCAAUCUCGAAGACGAAAAGGUGACUGCGCCAGUCAGCCCGUUACGAGAAAACAACAAAGGUGCAAAAGACGAGCCUAUAGAUACGACAGAGACAAAGGAACAGGUGACAGAAAAUUUAUCGAACCAAAUACAAGGAUCACCGUGUCUAUUGCGGGUAAAGAAAGAAGAAGAGCUCCAAGAAUUACCGCUACAAGUGAAUUGUGGCGAAACAAUCAGAAGCGUCACAGAUUCCGAAAUAAACAAAUCAGCAACAGCAAUAGGAAGUGCAGAAGAACAACAAGCAUCAAUAGGUUGCCCACCGUUACAUUUCCAUCGGCACACCAGUCCACCACCAGAGGACUGGAAACCUCUAGACAAGUGUUGCUUAUGUCUCGAUGGAAAAUUAUUUCACGAAGAUCAACCUCCUCUUAGUCCUCAAAGCGAAAGCAGCGGUAGUUCGAGAUCUGCAGAGUCACCCAUGUCUGUGCAAGUCGACCCGAUGGCAGCCUCCGUGGUUGCAGCCGCACUCAGCGGAACAUAUCCGACCUUAUUGCCACAGUGGUGUCUACCACCGAGAGAAACACCUCUUAUGGUUGUACAAUCUCUUCAAGAAACCGGCCAGUUGUCCGAUCAACCACUUGAUCUCUCAGCAAAACCGAAAAGUUCUCAGGAAAACAACAUAUCUGUGCUGGAACAACAAAAAAUACCUCUGAGAAUGCCGACAGGGUUAGAUCCUAAAAGUUUAUUUGCCUCAUCUUUCCGCGCCAAACCAAGAUUGACAGGUCCAGUUGGAGCAGGUGGUGUGUCUGUAGUAGGUGGUGGAAGGCGAACUUACACAGAAGAAGAGUUACAAGCUGCACUCAGGGAUAUUCAAAGUGGAAAACUUGGAACGCGAAGGGCAGCUGUAAUCUAUGGAAUACCAAGAAGCACCCUACGUAAUAAGGUCUACAAGCUUGCAAUGGAACGUGAAAGAGACGCGUCUCUGACUAGCACCCACUCACACACCCACGAGUCUGGUGUUUCAGCAUCAACCAAUACAUCUACUACCUUAUUAACAACAACAACAAUAACUACAACAACAGCAACAACACCAUCUACACCAAAUACGACCCAAAAUGCCUCCGCAAAUACUCCGUCCUCGCCAAUGGAUGAGGCGGAUGACAAGGAACUAUCUGGUGCUGAAGACGAGAAAGAAGUUGAGAAAGCUUUAUUAAAACCUUUACUUUCACUGGAAGAUCUCGUAAGAUUUUCGGCUUUAGAAGCUGGAGGUGGAGACUCACUUAGGACUCUGCUUCAACGUGGCCAAGAAUCCGGCACGGAAUGGCCAGGCUUUGAGCAUCCUAACAUCGGUCCAUACAUUCAGAAAAUGCUUGCUGCUGCAGCACCAUUUAAAGACUUGGAGUCUCAAGACUACAAAAUACCUGAAGCUAUGAAACGGCUAAUGACUGAAGACAAGAGAACACACAAUAACCUAAACGGAGAUCAAAAUCAGCAACAGCUGGUUCAUUCCCAUCAAUUCCAUCAGUCAUCACAAGCUCAACAAAAUCUUCCUAUGACGAAUAAUGAUUUUAAUCCGGCAAUUGAAGAAGAAGCGAGUGACAGUGCUCAAGGCAGAGCUAUACUGAAAAUUCCGUCCUACAAGCCAGCGGGCACAUCAGGUUCAAGCAAAAAUAACGGGGAACCAACAUCAACUGCAUUUGCCCAAGGUUUUGCAGCGAUAUCUGGUACUGCAACGAGUCCUGGUCUUAUAGAACGCGCAAGUCCAGCCUUCUCAGGCACAAGUAGUCCCACCAAUUCUCUUGUUGGUAAAGGAGUAGGCGUCAAUUUUCGUGACGUUAUAGCUAAAAGUAUUAGCUCAAAGUUUCAAGAAGGACAAUCUAAUUUGGCUGGUCAGCCCUCGGCUCCAGGCCAAGCCAGCGCAAUACUCAGUGAUUCGAAUCCGUAUAAAAGAGGACGGUAUACACCACCUCAGCAGCCCCAAUCUCAGCAGCAGUCACAAAUACAGCAACAAAAACUUCAAUCCCAAGAUAGUAAAUCAAAAGCAAGUGCUGGUGGCAAGGGUACUAGACCCAAAAGAGGAAAAUAUAGAAAUUAUGAUAGGGAUAGUCUUGUUGAAGCUGUUCGCGCUGUACAAAGAGGAGAAAUGAGCGUUCACAGGGCAGGAAGUUACUAUGGUGUACCGCAUUCCACUUUAGAGUAUAAAGUUAAAGAAAGACAUCUUAUGAGACCAAGAAAAAGAGAUCAAAAACCUCAGGAUGACAAAGCCAAGGAAUCGACCACUACCACUGCUACGGUACGAUCUGGUCCUCAAGACAAAAAAGCUCCUUUAAAAACUCAAAAAACAUUUGCAACUGGUCCAGGAAGUAUAUCAGGUCCAAAUGGUCUUAAAAUUCCGCCAUUUUUAGAAAAUCUGCCGCAUUUGCCCUUUCCCCAUCCAUUUAACUUUUGGGGCCCACCGCCAUUUAUGUCUUCGCCUUUCAUUCCUGGUGCUUCUAAUGUACCGACAAUGCUCCCCGAGCAGUACUUUGCAACACAAAGAAUACGAGGCUUGCAGGAACAGCAGAGAAGUGCAAUAGUACAACAGCAAAGGGAUAAAGAUACCGCUGGUACUGAUUCAGAACCAGGAACGUCGAAUUCCCGAGGUUCGUCGAUUGUAAAAACAACCCGAGAAAUGGCUGAAAGUCUUUACGAUGGCAGUGGUGUAAACGGAAGCUUUUUAGAUAAUCUGAUCAGAUCGAGUCUUGAAACAGGUAUUCCAAGAGAGCAGCGGUUAAGUACAGAAGGUCAAUCAUCAACCCCAGUAGGACACUAUCACUCAGACGUGAUUGGAAGCAAAGCUUUGUUGGACCAACUCUGUCGGAAUCCUAGAAGGACACCCUUAUCCAGAGGGGCGCAAGACAGCAGUGAAGACGAGAGUUAUCGAGGAGCAACGACAAAAUCGUUGCCUGAGAGACCUGAAAGAGUUCCUACCGUUGACUUGAGCCCUUCACCCGAUGGGACGAAAGUUGAUGACCAAACAAAUGACCGCGUUACUUCUCCGGCGACCCCCUUGGUCGUCACUAGAACUACAAGUAGAGACGAGGAUACUAGAGAUUCUAAAGUAGAUAAAAGCAACAGAGAACAAGAGGUUUACAAUGGCGGUAAAGAUGACCGCGAAUCAAAUAAAACGGUGAGUUUACAGCAACAACAGCUGAAUAACUACUCGGAUGUACACAACCUCUAUCCCGUAUCAACCGACAAAAAAAGUGCCUGUGAUAGUAAGCUUAAAAUAGAUCAUUCGAAUCAGAAAACUCAACAUUCCUAUUCGCACCAAAAGGAAUUUGCAAAUGUAAGCGGACUAGUGCAAUUGCAAAAAGAGUAUACCGGUGCAAAUAGUAGAUCUACCGACGGAAACCAACCGACAAACUCUCAGCCGGCGACCCAACCUGCCCAGGAGCCUUGCAACCCUCCACUGAGUAUGGAAGACUCUAUAGAGCAGUAA